CCAGGUCAAGGAAGUGCAGGAAAACUGCUCGCUAAAAAUAUUUUUUUGUUAUUUUUAACAAAUGCAAUUAUGUGAAAUAGUCCUUUGUUUUUCUUCCAAAAUGGUAGUGAGGUAAAAGAACGAGUUGUUCGUUAUGAACGAAGAAAGUGCAUGCGUAAUUGAGAGGACAGAAGAAAACUAGGUGGUGUGACAGAAAAGGAAAUACCGCAUAGGGUUUUCCAUUCAGAAAUUAUCAAAAUUUUCCUUUAAACAAUUUUUUUGCUCGUCAUUAUGAGAUUAUAUGAUUUAUUAACGGUACAGGACAGCUUAGUUUUUGCAUUUCAUAAUAUAAAUAAUUGUCAUAACAUUUGACCCAGUUACGGUGCCGUGUGCGUUGACCUAUGGAUGUGAAUGCGGACUAAGCACGAUGUUAUUUUUAGGAUACAGCUUUGCAGAUAAUUAAAUAUUUAUAGAUGCUAUUCGUGCAAAAAAAAUUACGAAAUAAAUUACAAAAGCUCCUGUAAAUGUUUUACUUCAUAAGGGUGGAACAACAUGGUUGAUUAUUCCAAACAAGGCAAAGGAAACUAUAGAACAAAUAAAAGAAAACCUAGCAAAACAUUAACUAAACAUGAUUCCAUUUAGAAGAAUAUUUCCUUUGAAGGGAUCAAUUUAUUCAUAGUAUUUAAUUUAUAACAGUAUUUCAAAUAUUUAUCCCCCAUAGUGAGACAGAGAACACUGAGUAACAGCCCACACUGCCAUUUGUGAUUCCAAACCCAAUCUGACAACUUAAAAAUUGUAAAAAAAAAUAUUGAAAAAGCAUAUCAUCUUUUGUAGCAGCACAAUUAAAAAAAAUUGUGUUACUCUAUGCAAAAAAGGUUAUUGCUCCUUAAAUCAAAAAUGGAUUUAUGUUGAUUUAACAACUGAAUUACAUACAAUGGUUACUUAACAAAAGAAAAUCAGAAAACAAAGACAAUAUGAUAUUUACUGACUGAAUCACACAGUAGUAAGGGUAUAAUUUGUACCUGGGCCUUAUGCCCUAAGGCCGGGGUAACACUCGGCAGUGAUGAAGAAGCAAAAUGUUCGCACUCUAUCGUUAAUUGUGUGCACAUUUACAUAUUUAUUAGUUGGAGCAGCUGUGUUUGAUGCAUUAGAGUCUACUACAGAGAGACACAGAUUUGAAGUAUUGCAAGCUAUAGAAGGUAUAAUAAUAAGGAAAUACAACAUCACGGAGGAGGACUUCCGUGUGAUGGAGACAGUGGUGCUCAAGUCGGAGCCUCACAAGGCUGGCCAGCAAUGGAAGUUCACUGGAGCCUUCUACUAUGCCACCACAGUACUCACCACCAUUGGUUAUGGGCACUCGACACCGGCUACGAUCGGCGGCAAGCUAUUUACAAUGUUCUAUGCCAUCGUGGGGAUACCACUGGGCCUCAUCAUGUUCCAGAGUAUUGGUGAACGUGUCAAUAGGCUUAGCAGCGUCAUAAUAAAAUCAAUAAAGCGAGCAAUGAACUGCAAACAAACGAACGCGACCGAAGUGGACCUGAUAUGCGUAGUGACUACUCUCUCGUCACUGACUAUCGCCGGGGGCGCGGCCGCCUUCUCCACCUGCGAGGGAUGGAGCUACUUCGAUAGUGUUUACUACUGCUUCAUCACGUUGACUACUAUUGGUUUUGGCGACAUGGUGGCACUGCAAAAAGACAACGCGCUAAAUAGGAAGCCUUCAUACGUUAUGUUCGCCCUUAUCUUCAUACUGUUCGGACUGGCGAUAGUCGCCGCCUGUCUCAACUUGCUGGUGCUGAGGUUCGUUACCAUGAACACGGAGGACGAGAAGAGAGAUCAACAGCAAGCAGAACAGGCGCAGCAAGUGGCAGUGCGUCUGGAAGGCGACGUGAUCACGGCGGACGGCGCUGUUCUGCGGGGAGUGUCGCGAGGCACUCGCUUGCCGGCGGACCCCAGACAUAUGCACAUCGCCACCGCCACUGGAGAUACAUCACUAGUUCCACUGUACGUCGAUGAAGAGUAUGCGCCGAGUGUAUGUAGCUGCUCUUGCAACUGCUUCGGACCUAAUAAAUCAAUACAUUACCGCGAUCCACUCUCGCCUGUUCCGCCUACAAACAUCAAACAUAUAAAGUCUAAAAACUACAGCGAAUUAGGUAGCAUACCACGGUUUAUAGAGAAGUCAUCGUCGAAGAACCGCUCCCAGUCUCUGAGACUCAAUUCAGCCUCCGGGUAUUUAUAUAUGAACGCGAAAACUAAUGAGUUCCAACUAGACCCUGAAGACUUCCGAGAAAUGGUGUCCAAAAGACGGGAGCAGCUCCGCAGGGGUAUGAUGAUGUACGAGAUGGGGUGCAACAACAACGAGCAGUACCUCAACCCGUACCGGCACAGCAUCAGCACCAAGAUGGAGACCAGCCCGCAUAGUUCCUCUCUGUACUCAAUGAACUUCAGAUCGGAGAACCGAAGCAACGACCCCCUAGUCGACGAUUACGACUCUGAGAAAUCCAGUUAUGCUAAGAAGAAGCUCAUGAAGAACAUAGCUAGGAACACGAGCAACAAACGCAAAGAGAACUAUUUCUACGACGAUGCCGUGCUACAUUUCGACGACGAGUACGCGUUCGAUGGAUCCAUCUUGUUUGCUAAAAGAAGAAAAUCCAUAGACAGAAACUGGGAUGAGUACGCCUGUGAGAUGCCAAAGAACCCUCACUACGGAGCGGACCAGGUGUCCAACGAUGGCAGCUACGGAUACUACCUGCCCGAUGACGAAGAACAGGAGCAGUAUUUUGUGAAUGACACCCUAACGUUUAAUCUUCCACCACACCGAGCGAGUAUAUAGUGAAAGUGCCAAGUGCAACUUGUGCCAAAUUGACAACUUAGUGCCAAACUAUACAUUAGUGUUAGUUUCGAAACUCAAAAUAAAUGGGCCAAUUAAUUAAAAAAAUAUGGUUAAAAUAAUAGACUUUUACAAUUUUGCGGUAGUUUCGAAGUUUGAAGUUAUAGCUUUUACACAUAGGGGUGAUAGUGGUCGCAUUUUUUUAUUAAUGUUCUACGAAUACUGAGCUUGGCUUCCUUGUAGAUAUUGUAAUAUAGUGGUUUUAAUGGUUGCUUGUUGCGCGGGAGUACGGGUGUCGUCAUGUUGUCAUAUACUGAAAUUUCUGUAUGAGGUUUUACUCUCUGCAAUUCGCCAUAACACAAGAAUGGCUGAUUUAGUUCGAACUUUAGUUCAUAUCCCUUUAUACUUCGAUGGCUAUAUAAAAGAAAUAUAUCUAAAUAUUAGUGCUUCAUAGAACACAACUGUUGAACAACUGAGAUUAUCAAAAUAAAGUCCAUACAUGCAAAUAAAUAAUUUGAAUAUCCCACGACUGGGCACAGUUCUCUAUCUGGAAGUCUACGUCAUAUCAGCCGUUAAGUUUGGCAACAGCAGUUAGGCUUUUGAUGAUACUUUAACAGAGACUCUGCUGCCUUUAAAUUCUUUUAGUCGCCUCUUACGACACGGAAAGAAAAGAGUGGCCUUCUAUCACACGGCGAAAAUCACUAGUUAUUUGAAUAGAAUUAUUUUGUUUAAUUUCGCUACCAUUAAUAUGUAUGUAAAUGCCAACACUCGAACAUUGACCACUACUGGUACUACCAAAAAUUCUACAGUCUUCCUUAUUAGCCAUCAAUCUCCGACUGCUAUUUUGUUCACGCACGUAUUGCGACACGUCUUACUUUUAAAUAAGGCAUCUUCAGGCAAAUGAUUAGAUGCUGCUCGUAUUCCAGUAUUAACCAUUAGCAUCCAAACUGCGAUUAAAAAAAACUUCAAUAAAUCGCAGUUUGGGUGGCGAAUGUUCACCUUUUACGAGAACCUGCACUCCAAUUAUACCCUGGAAAUUAUUUUUUUUUUUUAAUAUACAUUUUUUAAUCAUCCGCCUCGUUACCUCGCAGGAAAGUUAGUAUACGACAAUAAUCAACUAAAUUUAUUUGCAUUUUAACUACUGCGAAUACAGAGAUUAUAUUAAUAUUAGGUGGGAUGACGCGUUAUGGAGGCCCGAACACGUUAUAUUAAAAUUAUUUAGCAAUAUAGCUGUUUAUUAUCGCUUCGAAUCGCGAAAUGGCAAGUUGAUAAACACUUGUUUAUAAAUACGCUUUGAAAAUGCAUUUGAGAUGUAAUUUAAUGCCCAAUAUUGAUAGUUGGUUGUUUUAUUACUACAUUCAUUUGUGUAUUUACAAUUAUAUUCCAGGAAGUGGGGUCUUAAAAAAGACGCAUAUGUACUGUGCAGUAGGCAUUCUAAGUUCUGGGCUGGACAAGGCUCAUACGAGGGCCGUACUUAGACAAGCCUGUGAUUAUGUUAGAAAAUAUUGCGUUGUAGAAGCGUAGUCGUAUUGAAUGCAGCAUUUUGCGUAUUACGAAAUUCGCGUAAUAAUCUCGUACUACUCGUGGAAUACUGCGUUCUAUACAAAUAAAACUAAAUGUUCUGUAAUAAUUUAUAGGCACACGACAUGUGUUAACACACUGCAAUCCUUCACACUACGUUCUCCUAUCGAAGUAAAUCUGUUUGUAAACUCAGACUUGCGGAAGACUUUGGUGUCCCAAAAACAGAGCUUAAAACAAUUUUUUUAUGGUUGUUUAAAAAAAUAAGAAACGGGAGACCGCGCAGCCCGAUGCCCCAUAGAUUGCCAGGCUAUGGGCGAUUGCCCACGUCGCCCACGCCUUACACCACCUCUGUUUCUUCGUUUCUUAUUUAUAUACCUAUGCUUUUUGUCUAUGUAUAUAUUUAUAUGUCUAUUAUAUACGUAUGUGUGCAUUUCAAAAGUAGAAUAACCAACGACUUUGACUACUUCUCAAUGAGAUAUCAAGAUAAAACAUAUACCAGAUUUUAAGUUAGACCUUCAGGAAUACAAGUGCAAAAACUGGUUGUCGUUUUACAUGUACAUAUGGUACAGUAAUUAUUGCAUGAUGCCGGAACAAACACUUUUAAAAUUAUUACUUUGGUACCUAUUUGUCUUAUUAAGACCCCCUUUUACUGAUAUUUCUUAAAUAUCUUCCAUGUAUAGAUAUCGUCUGAUAACAAUUUUAUUAUAUUAUAUAUAUAAUAAGAUAAUUGAUAAUUUAGCAAUGCCCUUAAAACAAAGCAUAUUGACGGUUCCGGACAUUUUUAUACAACAUAUCGUCAGUGAAAUUCUAACAAUGCGUAAUUCAAAACACAUCUUACAGGAGAGCAAAAAACCUGAAUAAUAUAUCUAUUUCUUUUGUAUUAAUAUUAUUUUUAACAAUAAGUUCCAAUCUAGAAUUAUCAAUUAAUUAAAAUUCAAAUUUGGAAUUAAGAAGAUCCGCUAUAGUUUUAACAAUCGAAUCAAAUCAGAACACGAAAAUUAAAAAAAAUAUAUACUUGCAUAUUUUUGGAGCUUCACUAACGGUAUAUUAAAACUUUUAUGGGUGUACCUAUUGCUUACACAACCAACUAUCAUGUAAGGGUCAUAUAAUUAUAGUUUGCUCUCAGACACUAAGAAACAUUGUGUACGAUAAGAAAUAGAUAAGAUCCAAGUAUACUGUAUGCAGCUGUCCAAAAUUAUUUCUAUCUAAUUAGACUAUUCUAAAACAAUUUAAACUAUCAUAUAAAUAUGUAUGUACAGAUUUUAAGGGAAGUCUCUAAAUUUGAAGUGACCAUUCUAUAUAUGAUAUGUGUAUAAUAACUCGAAUUUAAUUACUUUUUUAUCAUCCACCUUCUAACAUAGGUCUGCCUCUAUUCUCGUCACAAAGUAUGGUUCUGUCUUCCAUUAUAUUUAUUAACUCAUUGCCACAUUGUUGAUGUUGUCACCCCAAUUUAUAAGGGGUCGUUCUAUACUGCAUUUGUUUGUUUUCAUUAAUCAGUCGUAAACCUAUCUUCGACACCGGGUAUCAAUCUUUUAAGCAAUACGUUCACUGUCUGAAUCGCUUGCCGAUCCUACAGAUCAUAAAAAUAUAUUUUCAGAAUAAGUUACCUUAUUUCUGAAAACACUUUUUUUAAAUAUAAAAAAUCAAGCCACUAUUUAUGUAUAUAUUUAAAAAAAUGUAUAUCAGUUAUCUACGAUGACGACUACAGGUCUCUUUAACUCUCCUAGGAGGGUUUAGGUGGGGCCCUCAGGAAGGACCCAUUUGCCCCAGCUUCAAAUCUGGUGACGAUUAUCCCGGAUCGCUGACUCGAAGCCCUAUCCUUAUUAGGGUGAGGCGUGAACUCUCUCUUCUUCACUUUUGUUGCGGUGGUGGGUAUGUGGGACCACUUCUUGUCCCCUAAUUAUAUGUAAUAUAUAUAUAUAUAUACUUUCUUCAAUAUAUAAAUAUGUCGUUUAUCUAACACCUAUAAUACAAGCUCUUUUUAACUUGAGACUAGAUGGCGCUAUUGUGUGUCCAGUGGUACUCGUAUUUAUCAACCAAGUUUAAAAAGAAGGAAAUUCUCGAUUCGGUUGUAUUUUUUUUUUAUGUUUACCUCUUAACUAUCAGUUCUAAACCGAUUGGGAUUUUUUUAUCUAUAAGGAUAUACUUGCAGAAGUCUCUCAUUAGAAAUUUAUUUAAAAUCGAUUCAGUAGUUUCGUUUCUAAAUCAGUAUAACUGGUUUUAUCACAAGUUUUGUUUAUUUUUUAAUCUUUAACUAUUUAUAUUAUAUGCACUUAUCUUUUGCCUACUUCAGAGGCCUGUGGAGAUUUCCCUUAAACUUUGUAUACACAAAUUAUUUAGUAUUAAAAAAAUAUAUUGUUCUAAGAUCUUUUGUUAUUGGUGCAACCAUUCAAAAUUUAUGUCCGACCGUAUAUGAGCUUUCAGUUAAACUGGCGAUUGAAAAUAUAAAAAGUCUAUUUAAGUCAUUAUUAUAGAAAUGGGCUCGAUUCUUAGGUGCUAUUUCUCUAAAUCUAUCUCUUAAUCUAAUAAUUUGGUAGUUUCGCAAAAUUACUAUUUUAUGGACCAUCUCAAACUAAAUUUAUAAUAAUUGUGACUCAAAUCUAUUAGAAAAUUAGUUCAUAUUGGUCUUUAAAGAUUUCGCGGUGAUAUCAAAUUGAAAUUUUAAUUUUAAAGAUAAAUAGAGAUGUGGUACUUCAGAAUCGAUUCCAAUAUUGAAAUUGUUUAAAAAAUAUACAAAAGUAUAUUGGCCAUUUUGUUUAUUUUUUUUUUUUUGUUUUGACAAUGCAAUGGUGUAGUGUUGUGUAAAUGGACCUAAUUGUAAGAAAUUAUGAACAAAUUUAAUAAAAUACGAGACUGCCGGUCGUCUAUGAAUUCUUCCGUUUCCUUCUUUGUAAGGAACAAGAGUUUUUGGGUAAGAUUUAAUGAUCUCAAAUAUUACACUGAGUUGUAAUUAUUAAAUUAUUUUAAACAGUAUUAUUUUCAAGGCUUGUGAACGUUAAGAAAUUUUACUUUAAUAAUUUUAUAAGUAAAAUUUAAUAUGUUCAAUUUAAUAUCAUGUAUUUUUGUUUAUAAUAUCAGUAUUAGAUACUGUUUGAUAUUGUUAGUUUACUAAAUAUAAUUAUAGAAGAAUGUACCAUCAGGGUUCCGUUGGUCUACAAGCCGAUCCCCUGCAGGGUAGGCAGAGUGAGCUAACUGAUUUUGACUAGUCUAACUCCAGUAUUAUUUUGCUCUGUGAUAUUUCAUUGUUUUAUAUUUAUUUCUAUUGUGUAAUUGUAGUGUAACUAUAAUGUUGUUAAUGUGGUAUCGCAAUGAGAGAAUUUAAAUUUAAAUUGUUACAUGCAGUGAUAUUAAUGUAUAAUUACAAUUGGCAUUAACAGGCCCAGCUGUCUAAGAUUUUAACUUCAUAAUCCGAUUGCCGAAGAAAGAAGUGUAAAUCUACUUUAAUAUAUAUGUAUGAGAAGAUAUAUGUAUGCAUUGUUUUUAACUUAACUUUCGUUUGCUAGAUAUUAGUAAAUGCACUAAAUUUACAUUAAUUUUGGGAGUGCCAUACGAUAAUAUGACAAGCUCGUUUUGUCUAAUGUAUGAUUUUAAUUUUUUUUUUUUUUUUUUGUUGUUCAUAAUAUUUUAUACAAGAAAAUAUUUGGUUUCUUAGUCAGGUGGGCCUCUUAAAUAUGUAUGUUUAAUUUGCAGUACCCAUGAGAAUUAUAAUACGCAAAAGCGUUUUAAAAAACAAUAAAAUGUUUGCUGUACAAUACAUAAAUGGUAAAUGGUAAUAUAAAUCUGUUGAUAAAGUAUGAUUAUUUGAAAUGAAAAAGGUCAAUAAAUAGUAUACUGUUUCACUGUGACAAGGUUCUAUAAGUUGUAUUAUAUACCACUGUGUAUAAUUUUUAUUCGACUAAGUAUAAAUCUUUAUAGGGUAGAAGUGACACUCCCACCAAUUCAAUAAUAAUACCACUAUUGUAUUACUAGCUAUACUAUAAUUUGUUUUACAAAGUGUGAACAAUAUUUAAAUAUUAUGUACCAUCCUUUUUCCACUUUUCAAACAAAAUAAAGUUAUAAAGUAUUUGUAACUGGGCUUAAUAUCCCUAAUCAGUCGGGGAGAGCACCAUUCGAAAAAAGCAUGUGUUGACGAAUAAUGCAGACUUCAUUAAAUUAAGGUAUUUAAAAAUAAAAAAAGGCUUCCAAAUUUUAUUUUAUAUUUUCAAUUAAAGUAUAUAGAUAUUUAUUAUGUUACAUGAGUAUAUAUAUUUUACCUUGAUCAGGUAAUGAUGGAAAACGUCGGAUUUAAGAGGAAGGGUGUAUUACGGUGGCAUCAAAGGCCUUACAGAGGAAAAUAGUGUCACUUCUACCUAGAUAUUUAUUCUUAUUAUGAUAUUUACAGUACAUAUUCAUAUUUGUCUGUUUAUUUAAUAAUGAGCGCGCCGUUAUAAUUUAUAUAUUUAUUAAUAUUUAUACAUAUAUAUAUAUAUACCUAUGUAUAAUUAAUUAACUGCGUAUUUAUCAUGAGUUCUCAAAGAUUCUUUUGCAUAUCAAAAAACUAGACACAUUUUAUGACGGAUUAUAAUUAACAACUUUAUUCUGAGAUUCUUUCAAAUCUUAGUUUGGAAUCAAAUCCGUAAACUCACGGUAGACUCAUUGGUUAUAAAUGCCAUAAAAUACGCUCUCAGGCUGUAUUUACUUGAUACCGCUUACUUGGUGACAUGCCGCUAAUAUAAUGCAAUGUUAAUGAAUGUGUCUUACCGCUCGGUUGCGAUGUUUGAUUUGGCAAAAUAAGCUCAAUGUAUAUGAAUAAAGGUAUGUAGAUGACGAGGCAUUCCGCCUGAUACUUAUUUAGUCCCCGGAAUUGGUAUCAAGCACCCUAGACUGAACGUUUACGCUAUCUUACGCAUGAGAAAGAACGAACAUUGCUAUUUCGUUCUAUAUUCUGCAUGCGACAAGGUAUACGUUUUCAAACGAAAUGUAAACGAAUCUAUUUGUAAUAGAUUAGUUUGCUGCACGUCUAUAAGAUUAUUAAUGUCUCGCAUACCGCUAAGAUCAAUCUCAAAAUCGUAACCGAACGGGUACUGGUUGUACUACAUACAUAGACAAGAUAUUCUUGUCUAUGACUGUGAAACAGUGUCUUCUAUAAUAAGGUACGAGGGUCAAGUAAUUAUAGAAUUAUCGAAUUAUUUCCAUUGCGUUCGAAUAUAAAACUCCUAUUAUAAUGUAUAAUAAGCUCGUAUUGUCGAGACGCGGAAUACUAGGUGAUCGCGAUCUGAGCUAAUAUUAAUUAUAAAAUGAAAUUAUAACAUAUAAAUCGGAUUUCAUUAAAAAAUACAUACCACCGAAA